AUGUUUUUAAGAUCUUCGUUGGUAAAUAUAGCCAAAAGGAGCACCAGUAGGUCUACUAUUAAACCUGCUGUAUUGAGUCCUCAUAUGCUAAGAAGAACCUCGUUACUAAACUCCAUACCUACUGUUCGUUUUAAGUCCACAGAUACAAUUGAACAAUUGAAUGAAAUUCAAACUCAGUUACCUUCCUUAGAUGAUAUGGUAACGGGUUCAUCCACCAUCGUUGAACAAGCCACACACUCUAUUGGUGAGUUAUCGAAUCACGUCGGUUACUUGAAUAGUAUUGGUCUGGCACAAACUUGGCAUUGGCCCGCAGAUAUUAUACAACAUGUACUAGAAUAUGUACAUGUAUAUACUGGUCUGCCAUGGUGGGGUACUAUCUGCACAGUAACAUUAUUGGUCCGUUUGGUAAUGUUCCCACUUUACGUAAAAUCUUCGGAUACUAUUGCACGUAAUUCUAAGAUUAAACCUGAAUUAGAUAGAGUGACAAAGGAAUUGAUGGCUACAACAGAUAUGGUUGCAGGUCAAAAAGUUGCCCUUAGAAGAAAGAAAUUACUUUCCGACAAUGGUAUCAAGAAUAGAUGGUUAGCUGCUCCAAUGCUACAACUACCUGUUGCCAUUGGGUUUUUCAAUGGUCUUAGAUCCAUGUCGAAUUUCCCUGUUGAUGGGUUCGCCAAUCAAGGUGCUUUGUGGUUUUACGAUUUAACUCUGGCAGAUCCAUAUUUGGGUCUACAAUUUAUUACAGCGGCAGUGUUGAUGUCUUUCUCUCGUUUAGGUGGGGAAACCGGGGCACAGCAGUUUAGUGGUCCGAUGAAAAGAUUUUUUAUCAUUUUGCCAUUAGUAUCAAUUCCAGCCACUAUGAAUCUUUCGGCAGGUGUUGUCCUUUAUUUUGCAGUCAAUGGUUGUUUUUCUGUGGCUCAAACAUUAGUAUUAAGAAAUAAAUGGGUAAGAAAACAAUUGAAGAUUGCAGAUGUUGUUCAACAUCCACAAUCACCUACAGAAGCAAAUAAAGGUAUAUUUGCGGCAAUUAAAGAUAGUAUGGCUAAAUCUAGAGAACAGUCUGAAAGAAGACGUAUAAUGCAAGAAAAAGAAGAGAAGUUACAGGAAGAAGCUAAGGCAAGAAAGGUCAAUUCUAAAAUUAAAAUAGUUCGUAGAUCUGAUUUAAAGAAAUAA